UCGAGCUUAAAAUAGUAGAAAAUGGAAAAAUUAUUCUGGAAUCCCAUAAAAAUAUUAUGGCUAUAAGAUAAAAGAAAUAAGAGUUAAAAAACUAACUCAAUUUUAACCAGGUUAAAUAUCGUCAUAAAGCUAUGUCAGGACAGGAUUUACAGCAUGCAGGAAAUGAUGGGGAGAUCAAUGUCGACCAAGAAAAUGAGAAUCUACUGACAGAAAUUGAACAACUAUGUAGUCGUACAAAUAGAAGCGUGGAAAAUAUAUUGUUGAUAGGAAAGGUUGGUGCUGGCAAGAGUUCCUUAAUCAAUACUAUAGGGAAGGCAUUUUCCGGGAAAUACAUUUCCAGAGCCGAAGCUGGUAAAGGGUCGUCUUCAUCGAAGACAAAAACUUUAGGAAGGUUCGAGAGUGUUGGUGUAGCAGAGGAUGACAUAAUAGAUGGCAAACGGCGGGUCAAUGUCAUUUAACCUAGGCUGCCAACGGUUUAUGAUUUCCCUGGACUAGAAGACACAGAUGACGAACGUUUACAGGAACUGCUUG